GGCGGGACUUACUUCGCUUUAUCCGCACUCUCUCGCCAAGCGAAAGCAGAGAAUCCCAAAAAUGACAUCCAGCUUAUUUCCAGAAGAAAAGCGCGGCGUGUAGACACUGCUGAAGUUCCUCUCUCCACAUACCCGCGGAUUACCUGAUCAUUAGUCUAGCUAGUGCAGUGUUGAGUCCUCGGGAAUGAGUAUCUGCUUCUGAAGGACAGUUUUUUCCUCACAACGGAUCUUUAUUCAGGCGCGUCUCGGAGAUCCAGAAGCCCCUCAGCAGAUCCUGACAGAACGCCGACAUGUGUGAUUUACUGCCCGCAGCUCAACCGGUGCAGAAGAUCGGUAAAAUGAAGAAACUACGGAGAACUCUGUCCGAGAGCUUCAGUCGCAUCGCCUUCAAGAAAGAAGACGGCGGCUUUGACGAGAUAUGUGUCACCAAGAUGUCCACUCGCAGCUGCCAGGGAUCAGACUCGGUCAUCAAGCCCCUGGACACCAUCCCUGAAGACAAGAAGGUGCGCGUGCAGCGAACGCAGAGCGGCUUCGAGGCCUUCGACAAACCUGCCAGUCAAGUGAAGCGCGUUCACUCCGAGAAUAAUGCCUGCAUCAACGCCAAGAGCUCCUCGUCUGGCAAAGAGUCUCCCAAACUGCGCAGACACUCCAGCCCCAGCUCUCCCACAAGCCCAAAGUUUGGCAAAGCGGAUUCAUACGAGAAGCUGGAGAAACUGGGAGAAGGAUCCUACGCCACUGUUUACAAAGGGAAGAGCAAGGUCAACGGGAAACUGGUUGCUCUGAAAGUGAUUCGUCUGCAGGAGGAAGAAGGAACACCGUUUACAGCCAUCAGAGAAGCGUCUCUGCUGAAAGGACUGAAGCAUGCCAACAUUGUGCUGCUACACGACAUCAUUCACACGAAAGAAACCCUCACGCUGGUGUUCGAGUAUGUGCACACAGAUCUGUGUCAGUACAUGGACAAACACCCCGGCGGUCUCCAACCGGACAACGUGAGGUUGUUCCUCUUCCAGUUAUUGAGGGGUUUGUCGUAUAUUCAUCAGCGCUACAUCCUUCACCGAGACCUGAAGCCACAGAACCUGCUGAUCAGCGACACCGGAGAGCUCAAGCUGGCAGACUUCGGUCUGGCAAGAGCAAAGUCCGUCCCCAGCCACACAUACUCUAAUGAGGUGGUGACGCUGUGGUAUCGUCCUCCAGAUGUGCUGCUCGGCUCUACAGACUACUCCACCUGUCUGGACAUGUGGGGUGUGGGCUGCAUCUUUGUGGAAAUGAUCCAGGGCGUCGCUGCUUUCCCCGGAAUGAAGGACAUUCAGGAUCAGCUGGAGAGGAUCUUUCUGGUUUUGGGGACACCGUCAGAGGAGACGUGGCCAGGUGUUCACUCACUGCCGCACUUCAAACCAGAUCGUUUCACAGUCUACAGUCCCAAAAAACUCAGACAAGCCUGGAAUAAGCUGGGUUAUGUAGAUCAUGCUGAAGAACUGGCUUCCAGGUUUCUGCAGUGCUUCCCAAAGAAGCGUCUCUCAGCUCAGGCGGCGCUUCAUCAUGAGUACUUCAGCCAUCUGCCCUCCAGACUCUGGGAGCUGCCGGACAUGUCUUCAAUCUUCACGGUGGCGGGUGUGAAGUUACAGAGUGAAUCUGGCGACAGCAGUAAGAGCAACAGCCACGGCAGAGGAACAGCCAACAGCAAACACUGAGACACACACAGGUUGGCGCACUCAGCUAUCAAGACAAGAAAAUGACGUAAAAAGAGACUUCAUGUUUAUUUAAAUAAUUUCAGGCUGAUUCGACCGGCCAUGUGGGACUGAAAGCAACAAGAACGUGGAGUAACAAACAUUCCCACAUCGACGGCAUGCAAACUAUGUCGGACGUCAAAAAGGCAAUUAACACGAACUGUUUGUGUAUGUAGCUACCUAUGUACGAAUGUUUGUACAGUUAAAUAUAUACGUGUCUAUCUUGGAGAACAAACCAAAUGCCCUCCUCCCGUGCACAGUCACGCAUUAACGAUUUCGCAUUUCCUGCAAACUUCCACAUUGUUGGCUAUGGUACGAUUUAAUAACGUGACAAUAACUAAUAAUCGUAAUAACGAUGCGGUUGCAUUGGCUCACUGCAGGGACUGCGAUCAAGCAAUUAACAGUAAUGGAGGAGAUCUGCGUACGUGAGUUUCUCUGUACGUCUGUUCGUGCGUCUACAUGUUAAACACAGGCAAUACACUUGCACUGGUGCUACUGUGCACGAGGAAGAAAUUCGCUAGUCUACGUUUGGAAAUGAAUCUGUUUUCGUUGUUUCGUCCAAAGGCCCAUGACAAUCUUUGAAUAAAUUGCACUCACUGAGAUUACGUUUACAUGACAACGAUGUAGCUAAAGAAAUGGAAACCUUUUUCGUUUGCGGAAAAAAGGUUUCACAUUUGCAAAUUUAAAAAAUCUGGAUUUACAAACGGAUGAAAAUGGUCAAAAAUGCUGUAUUGCGUAUUCCAAGUUAACGCAAUCUAACGGUAGUUCGUAACUUUUUUGUUUAGUGGCUAAUUCGUAUCAACUUGUAUGAUCUCUUUUGCACAUUUUAGUAUGGUUUGCUCCUCCCCAAUAAGGGGUGGAGUUUGAGGCCACACCUCCUUUAAAAAUGUACAUUUUCAUAUAACGAAAUCGUUUAAAUUUGUACGAAUUAGUCACUUUUCUGAUAAUACGUAAAAUAGUUACACUUCCUCGAAAGAUAACUAUGGCCAGGCCAGUAGAUGGCGCUGUCAUCUUGUUAGGAAAAAUUACAACAAUAAAGUGAUGACAUGUUGACUUGGCGCUUAUACAGAUUCGUAUGCGUGUUGUUGUAACGUAAAGUCCGCUGUUGUUUCUAAUGUAAAGUAAAUUCACACUUUGCUGAUGUAUUGUUAAGCAACAAAUAUACAACCAGUCACUCCACCGUUGUUGUGUGUUAUAGUUUAAUUUACCAUGCGUGAUGUCAUCGUUUCUCUCAUUCUCGGGUGUUUACACAGAAACAACAAUGGCAGCGUUUUUGAAAAUAUACGCCUCGAUACUUGUUUUCUGAUUCAUUUGCUUUCAUUUACUAGAUUGUUUUUAGUGGUGUAAACGAACAGGCAAAUCGUUUAAAAAGUUUCCAGUUUUUGGCCGACGACGUUGUCAUGUAAACGGCCCCUAAGUGAUCAGUAAAUAUUAUUUUGAAUUCUUAUGGCUCAUUUCCAUUGAGCGGUAUGGUUUGGUACGCUACAGUACACAUUUAUGUCCAUUUCCAGUGUCAGAAUACCAAAAAUAGUGCGACUGUUUACGUAAGUGUAACCAGUACAACUCCCGGCUGAAUGCUGAUUGGUUCACAGUAAAUCAUCAUUAUAAUUUGCAACAAGAGGAAACUCAGUUCUUAAUCAAACCGUACCGUACUGCUCAGUGUGAACAAGGCAUUCAAAAAUGUUCACACAGGGCGUGUUCGUGCAUUCUGGACCUGCACCAUAAGUUCAUUUCAUAAAUCAUAAGCACAUUAAGUGCAAUUAAAAAAGUACACUUAU